AUGGCCUUUCUCUGGCUUCUGCUUUUCCCUGUGGGAGCUGCCUUUGACUGCGGGGUCCCCGCCAUCAAGCCUGUGCUGAGUGGCCUGUCCAAGAUCGUCAAUGGGGAGGACGCUGUCCCGGGCUCCUGGCCCUGGCAGGUGUCCCUGCAGGACAACACUGGCUUCCACUUCUGCGGGGGCUCCCUCAUCAGCGAGGACUGGGUGGUCACUGCCGCCCACUGUGGGAUCAGUACAUCUCACCUGGUCGUGGCUGGGUAGUUUAAUCAGCACUCACAUGAGAACAUCCAGGUCCUGAAGAUUGCCAAGGUUUUCAACAACCCCAAGUUCAACAUGUUCACCAUCAGCCAUGACAUUGCCCUGCUGAAGCUGGCCACGCCUGCCUGCUUCUCCCAGAUGGUGUCCAUAUGCCUGCCUGAGGUGACAGACGAAUUUCCCCCUGGUUUGCUGUGCGCCACCUCUGGCUGGGGAAGGACCAAGUACAAUGCCUACAAGACCCCCGACAAGCUGCAACAGGCGGCCCUGCCCCUCCUGUCCAACGCCAACUGCACGAAGUUCUGGGGCAGCAAGAUCACCGACGUGAUGGCUUGCGCAGGCGCCAGCGGCGUGUCCUCCUGCUCGGGCAACUCUGGGGGCCCCCUGGUCUGCCAGAACGAUGGAGUCUGGACCCUGGUGGGCGUCGUGUCCUGGGGCAGCAGCAUCUGUUCCACCUCUGUUCCUGCCGUGUACACCCGUGUCACCGAGCUCAUCCCUUGGGUUCAGGAAAUACUUGCUGCCCACUGA